AUGGAGGAGGCGGACAUGGAGGAUGCGUUCAGCGUCGAUGCUGCGCCAACGAUAGCGAGUGAACGUUCUGUCUUUGUGAAUGCUCGUCGGCGCAACGUGCCACCGGCACAGCGUGAAGACUACGGUGAUGGUAUUCCUGGCAAUGCAACCGUGUUUGUGCAUACAUUUGGAUGUGGCCACAACGUAAGUGAUGGCGAGUACAUGGCAGGGCUUUUGGCGCAGACUGGCUACCGCAUCACCGACGUUUUCAACGACGCGGAUGUGUAUCUUCUCAACUCGUGUACCGUCAAGAACCCGAGCGAGGAGCAUUUCAUUAGCAUGAUGAAUCGCGUGCGAGCCCUCGGUAAGCCUCUCGUCGUCGCCGGAUGUGUGCCGCAGGCGGACCCGAAGAACACGCAGUGGGAUGAUGUGAGUGUGAUUGGUGUCCGUAGCAUCGAUCGCGUUGCUCAGGUCAUUCAUGAAGCUCUGCAAGGUCACUGCGUGCGUCUCAUUGGAGCGAGUGAGUAUACCAUUAAGACACAAGAAACCAAUGAACUUCCACCACUCGAUCUCCCAAAGAUUCGACGUAAUCGUUUUAUUGAAAUUAUUCCCAUAAGCGUUGGUUGCCUGAAUCACUGCACAUAUUGUAAAACAAAGCAGGCCCGUGGGGAUUUGCGGAGCUGGCCAAUCACGUCCAUUAUUUUGCGGGUUCGUUCAAUUUUAAGAGAAGGUAUAAAAGAAAUUCGCCUCACCUCUGAAGAUGUUGGAGCUUAUGGCAUUGACAUUAACACCGACUUGGUUUGCCUCUUGCGUGCCAUUGUCAAGGAGCUUGAGGGGACGGAUGUCAUGCUGCGUGUGGGGAUGAGUAAUCCGCCGUACCUCCUACGGCAGCUGGACGACUUCGCAGCCCUUCUUAAGCAUCCAAAUUUGUACGAGUUUAUGCAUAUUCCUAUACAGUCCGGAUCCAAUCGCGUUUUGGAGGCGAUGCAGCGGGAGUAUAGCGUUGAAGAGUUUUAUGAGUGUGUGCAUCGCAUACGCGGCGUGGUUCCAAAUGUGACGCUUGCCACUGACAUUAUUUGUGCGUUUCCGGGAGAGGGAGAGGAAGAGUGGCGGGAUACGAUGAACGUCUGUGCUCAAGUCCGCUUUCCUGUUCUAAACAUCACCCGUUUUUACCCGCGUCGAAACACACCUGCAGCGGCCAUGAAACAAAUACCCACCGAGGUUGCGAAGCGGCGUACGACGGAACUCACGGAGUUUUUUAAUUCUUAUCGUACCUUUGAUCAUAUGAUUGGCGAAGUACACACUGUGGCACUUCUGGAAACAGCGCACGACAAGCACCAUCUCGUGGGGCAUACAAAGGCCUACGUGCAGGUUCUUGUGGACCCUCAAGAAGGCAGAUUGGGGGAAACCGUCACUGUCGUCAUCACCUCUACGACAAAGUACAGUGUGAGAGGUCGAGUGUUGCGCAGCCGCUUGGAAUGGCUCUUGGCGAAGGUGACGAAGACGGUUCAUAAUCUCAACUGGAAAUCACUGACUGUCUUUGCUUCCGUCGCGUCAGCAUCCGUGGCAGUGACAUCUAUAGCAAUGUACAAGGCGGCGUUGACGCGGAGACAGAGAGGUGGAGUGUGA